AUGUCUCAAGUCCAACUCAGUCAAUUCUUUCCCGCAGGAUCAUACAGGACAAUGAAGUACUUUACCAUCAUUGUAACAGCGCUUGCUACCCUCGCAUCUGCGCGCGUAAUAGUAAAGCCGCCUAGAUGUGUUACCCUAUGUCCAGCCUCAACGUUUUGCACUGUUGGAACGGUACCAUCGAGCACGAACAUAAGUAUAAUACUCGGUGUAGGGAGAAUGCAAAAAAAUGUUGAGGCGAAGACUCUACAAAGGGAGUAUCAGAAUGAACAUAAGAGAAAAGGGGGUAUCGAUACAGACAAAGGCCUUCAAAUCAGCUGA